AUGCCUUCCUCUCCUUCAAUAGAGAGCCUAUCGCGCUAUCAGACCGGCGUCAAGUUCGUUAUCCGCCCACACACGGCCCCGCUUCCUUACGGCGCGGGUGGCUACCAGAACGGCGACGAGAUUAGGGAUAUUAUCCGCGGCCUAACCGCCGACGACGUCGUCGAUCGAGUCGAGUUCGCUCUUGCAAAUCCUCCGACCGCCACAUAUCCCGCGCCGUCCAGCGAUGGCGGUGGUGCUGGGACCAGGUCGCCCGCCACGCUCACCAUCGUCUCCCGCCUGGACCACCACCGCGAGUCCUUUGGCCACGCUCGCGUUGUAAAAUGUCGCCUUAGCCCGAGCGCAAACGAUUCCGCCACGUACGUGGCUAAGAUCUACGAUGGCGCCGAGUACCCGCUAUGCGACUUGCGAGGGUACGACUGCAUGUCCAAGGCCGACAGCGAUUACAGUCGCGAGGCCGCCGCCUACGAGCAUAUGCCUCCUCAUCUCCAAGGCUCCACCGUCCCUCGAUACUUUGGUAGCUGGACAUUUUGGUGGGAUGAGGACCAGGGAAAGAAGCGUCAGGUGCGCAUGAUCUUGCUGGAGUACAUCAAGGGAGACUGCAUGCAGACCGUCAUCUCACGCGCCUUGGCCAUGAACAGGGCAACGUACAAAGCCAUGUUCAAGAGCCCCGACGACGCUCCUCUCGACUACCGUCUAUUCCCCUCGGAAAGCGAUAGGCUGAAGCUUCUAGCACAACUCUUGGAAGCAGAAACCCGCCUUUCUCAUGCUGGCGUUACGCACCGCGAUAUCUCGGCCCGCAACGUGAUCAUCUCGCCUAGUGCUUCGCGGCCUGAGCGCAUAAUCCUCGUUGACUUUGCCAACUCUACCGUGUUCGCCUUGACAGAGCAUGGGAUGGCCUACAAACAAGAGAGCGAAGUUGGGAAUGACCUACUUCCACCGUCACCGAUUUCGAGGCACUGGGCAUGUGGGUUCCUCACUAGGUUUCGUCAAUGGGUGCCGCCGGCGUGGCUGCGGGACAAAGAGCUUGCUCAAGAGUGGCUCUGUUUUCGGUGGUGGGACUCGACGGACUUUCAGCCCCUGGAUCACGGGUUUCUAACCGAGGAGGCGAAUCACCCCGUCAUUGCGCAUUAUCGGGGAGAGAGAGAGGAGGAUAUGGAACUAAGGCUUUCUACGCUUUUGCGCGAAGGGGGUGAUUGA